AUGUCGUCCACUGCUCUAGCACCCAUCACCCAAGCGGCCAGCCUUGUUUCCACCACCGCCAACAAGCCCAGCGCUGUGGCAGCGAAGACGAACCCAAACACCACGACUCCGCAACAGAAACGAUCGCAUCUCAGCGUGACGCCGCAAAGGUCAUCAUCUCCGCAAACAUUCCGCACUCCACAAUCACAACAGAAGGAAUCGGGAAGAUGGCUACAUCCACGCAUGGACGAGGUUAUCAGGCGGCGCAACGCGACCAACUUCGACAACAGUAAUAUCAAAGCGAUCGGCAUCAAUGCUGCAUGCAUCAUCGCAUCCUUUGUCUUUCUGAACUUCACACGCCGAAACCUUCCACUCACUCUCACAUCCGCCAUUGACCCAUACUUCACCUACGCCGUCCUGGCUCUUUCCCUCCUCUUCACAAUCAACAUCGGCUUCGCCCUGGCUCCACUCCUCCGCCACCCGGAUCCCUGCGAGGACAUACCCCUCACUCCCUCGCAACGAAAACUGCUCGGCCUCCCUCCAAUGUCGCGUAGCGCCACUCCCCUCGAAGAGCAACAGUACGUCACACCACCACGCUUCUCGCGUUCCGCGACGCCGACCUCCAGCCUGCGUGGCGAGCCCAGCGACUCACCGCUCAGCGGCCGCGGCGUUGCGCUAGACUCUUCUCUCCGCGCAGUCUCACCCUUUGGAUCGCCGCUGGGCAGCGAGAGGAGGAAAUUGAGCUACACCUCCGCGCGCAGUUCGCCUUUGAGCGUGAGUGAAUUCGACGCCGUGGGCAAUCUGGCGACGCCGACGAAGAGUGGGAAGGCGACGGUGGGUUUGAACAAUAAGUGGUUGUAUGAGAAGGGGAGAGCAAGUCCUCGGGGUAGUCCCAGCCGGACGGGCGCGUUCUCAUGA